GCAUCCGGGACGCCCCGCCCCGGCCACCUGCCCGCCGCGCAGCCAGCGCCGCCGCGUCUCUCCCCGCGGGCGACGGCGACGGGCUCUGCCCCCAUGGCGCUGGCCGAGCUGUACACGCAGUACAAUAGGGUUUGGAUCCCUGAUAGGGAAGAAGUUUGGCGAUCUGCAGAAAUCACAAAAGACUACAAAGCCGGAGACCAUUUGCUUCACGUGCAAUUAGAAGAUGGAAAUGAAUUGGAUUACCCUGUUGAUCCAGUUGUUUUGCCACCCCUACGAAAUCCUGACAUACUUGUUGGUGAAAAUGAUCUCACUGCACUUAGUUAUCUCCAUGAACCAGCUGUUCUACACAAUCUUAAAGUUCGUUUUGUGGAGUCAAAACUUAUCUACACCUAUAGUGGAAUAAUUUUGGUUGCAAUGAACCCCUAUAAACAGUUGCCAAUAUAUGGAGAUGCUAUUAUCCAUGCAUAUAGUGGUCAGAACAUGGGGGACAUGGAUCCGCAUAUAUUUGCUGUGGCAGAAGAAGCUUACAAGCAAAUGGCGAGAAAUAACAAGAAUCAGUCUAUUAUAGUCAGCGGAGAAUCAGGAGCUGGAAAGACAGUGUCUGCAAGAUACACUAUGAGAUAUUUUGCCACUGUGAGUAAAUCAAGCAGCAAUGCACAUGUGGAGGAUAAAGUACUGGCAUCCAAUCCAAUAACCGAGGCUGUUGGCAAUGCAAAAACCACAAGGAAUGAUAACAGCAGUCGGUUUGGAAAAUACACUGAAAUCAGUUUUGAUCAGAGUUACCAAAUCAUUGGAGCCAACAUGAGGACAUACCUGCUUGAAAAAUCCAGAGUUGUCUUUCAGUCAGAGAAUGAAAGAAAUUACCAUAUAUUUUAUCAGUUGUGUGCAUCUGCUGUACAACCUGAAUUUAAGCAUCUUAAAUUGGGAAGUGCAGAAGAAUUUAACUAUACCAGAAUGGGUGGCAGCACUGUUAUUGAAGGAGUUGAUGACAGAGCAAAUAUGCUGGAAACUCAGAGGACAUUUGCUUUGCUGGGUCUGAAGGAAGAUUUUCAGAUGGAUGUUUUUAAAACACUGGCAGCAAUCCUACACUUAGGCAAUGUGCAAAUAAUGGCCGUUGGAGAUGAAAGAUCAUCCAUCAGUCUGGAAGAUAAACAUCUCAAUAUAUUCUGUGAACUUCUGGAUUUAAACUGUGACAAAAUGGCGCAGUGGUUAUGCCACCGAAAGAUUAUCACUACCUCAGAGACUGUAAUAAAGCCAAUGACAAAAUCUCAGGCUGUUAAUGCAAGGGAUGCUUUGGCAAAGAAGAUCUAUUCUCAUUUAUUUGAUUUCAUUGUGGAAAGAAUUAACCAAGCUUUGCAUUUCACUGGCAAACAACAUACUUUUAUCGGUGUUUUGGACAUUUAUGGUUUUGAAACAUUUGAUGUGAACAGUUUUGAACAGUUUUGCAUCAAUUAUGCUAAUGAAAAACUGCAGCAGCAAUUUAACCUGCAUGUCUUUAAACUUGAGCAAGAAGAAUAUAUGAAGGAAGAUAUCCCAUGGACUUUAAUAGACUUUUAUGACAAUCAGCCUGUCAUUGACCUUAUUGAAGCUAAAAUGGGUAUUUUAGAACUUCUGGAUGAAGAGUGCUUGUUGCCUCAUGGAACAGAUGAAAACUGGCUUCAAAAGCUAUAUAAUAAUUUUGUCAACAAAAAUGCACUUUUUGAAAAGCCAAGGAUGUCAAACACAUCUUUCAUCAUUCAACACUUUGCAGAUAAGGUGGAAUAUAAAUGUGAAGGAUUUCUGGAAAAAAACAGAGAUACGGUAUACGAAGUAUUAAUUGAAAUCUUGAAAAAGAGCAAGUUUCAUCUGUGCGCAAACUUUUUUCAAGACAAUCCAGUGUCCAUUUCACCUUUCAGUUCGGCUAUAAACAUCAAAUCUGCAAGACCUGUUCUCAAAUCGCCUAACAAACAGUUCCGGAUGACAGUUGGCAGUAAGUUCCGCAGCUCUUUGUAUUUACUUAUGGAGACACUUAAUGCAACCACCCCUCAUUAUGUAAGAUGCAUAAAGCCAAAUGAUGAGAAGUUGCCUUUUGAGUUUGACUCAAAAAGGGUGGCUCAACAACUACGAGCAUGUGGUGUUUUGGAAACUAUUCGAAUUAGUGCACAGAGCUAUCCAUCCAGGUGGACUUACAUUGAGUUUUUCAGCCGAUACAGCAUUCUUAUGACACAGCAGGAACUCUCCAUAAAUGAUAAGAAGCAGAUUUGCAAGAUUGUUUUGCAGCGGCUAAUCCAGGAUCCUAACCAAUACCAAUUUGGAAGAACAAAAAUCUUCUUCAGAGCAGGACAAGUUGCUUACUUGGAAAAACUGCGAUCAGAUAAACUGAGACAUGCAUGCAUCAUGAUCCAAAAGAGUGUUCGAGGCUGGCUGCAGCGGAAGAAAUUCCUUCUUGUAAAACAAGCAGCUAUUAUAAUACAGCAAUACUUCCGUGGGCAGCGGACUGUACGGCAAGCUGUAACUGCAGCAACUCUGAAGCAAACCUGGGCAGCUAUAGUUAUUCAGAAAUACUGUCGGGGUUACUUGGUUCGUAAACUUUGCCAGCUCAUCCAUGUGGCUGCUGUAACGAUUCAAGCUUAUACAAGAGGAUUUCUGGCAAGGAGAAGAUACCGGAAGAUGCUUGAAGAACACAAGGCUGUAAUCCUUCAGAAAUAUGCCCGUGCAUGGCUUGCAAGGCGCAGAUUUCAGAAUAUUCGUCGGUUUGUAUUGAAUAUUCAGCUUUCAUACAGAGUUCAGCGACUGCAGAAGAGGAUAGAGGAACAGAGUAAAGAAAAUCAUGGCUUGCUGGAAAGAUUAACCAGUCUGGCUUCAACUCGUAUGAAUGACUUGGAUACAAUUCAGAAACUUGAAUUAGAUCUUGAAAAGUUAACUGCACAGAAGAGAACAUUUGAGGAGAAAGAAAAGAAAUACAAAGAAGACAGUGAACAGAAAAUCUUAAAACUUGAGAAUCAGAAUAAAGAAUUGCAAGAACAGAAAGAGACCUUAGAAAGAAAGCUCCAAGAAAAAACUGAGGAAAUGAAAGAUAAAAUGGAUGAUCUCACGAAGCAACUCUUUGAUGAUGUACAAAAAGAAGAAAGACAGAGAAUGAUACUUGAGAAAAAUUUCCAAAAUCAGAAACAGGACUAUGAAAAGGAGAUUGAAUUGCUCAAGGGAGAAAUUAAGAUUCUUAAGGAAGAAAAAAAUCAGCUACAGCAUCAAAUUCAGCAAGAAAUUAUCAUUCAGGAUGGUUUGAAAAUGGAAGUAGGACAACUUACAAAACAAGCACAGACAAUACCUGAAUUGCAAAAGGAGAUUGAACUACUGCAGACACAAAAAAUGGAUGUUGAAAAGCAGGCACAGUCCCAGAAGCGGGAAAUGAGAGAAAAGAUGUCAGAAGUUACGAAACAGCUUCUUGAAAGUUAUGAUUUUGAAGAUGUAAGAAGCAGACUCUCUACGGAGGACUUGGAACACUUAAAUGAGGAUGGAGAACUGUGGUUUGCUUAUGAGGGUUUGAAAAAAGCGACAAGAGUAUUGGAAAGUCACUUCCAGUCUCAGAAAGAAAUCUAUGAAAAGGAGAUUGAAGGUCUGAAUUUUAAAGUUGAACAUCUUAGCCAAGAUAUUAAUCAUCUACAAAAAUUAUUUCGAGAGGAAAAUGACAUAAAUGAUUGUAUUCGACUUGAAGUUAGCCGGCUAACUUCAGAAAACCUGGUGAUCCCAGAUCUUAAACAGCAAGUUUCUGAGCUUGAAAAUCAAAAAUUAGAUCUUGAAAACCGUCUUCAGGAACAGACUGUAAAGUUGAAAGAGAUGUCUAAUCGGCUGCAUCAUGAGCUAGAAAGGGACAGAACACAAAGGCGAGCAAAUGAAGCCCAGAUUGAAACAGACCUAAAAGAAAAAGAGAGACUGAAAAUCACAACCCAGGAAACUGAGGGGCUGAGCAAUGGUUUGAAGCAAGAUGAAGUCCAGGAUGAAGUAGAAAGCAAGAUAAAGCAAGAAACAACUCGACUCGCUGUGGAAAAUAUGGAUCUUGAAGAAAAACUAGACAUGAAGGAUAGAAUAAUAAGAAAACUGGAAGAUCAGAUCAAAACUCUUACCAAGACUAUUGAAAAAGCCAAUGAAGUUCAUGUGCCAGCUUUGUCUAAAGAGUACGUUGGAAUGAUGGAAUACAAAAAAGAGGAUGAAGAAAGGAUCGUUCAAAAUCUGAUCCUUGAUUUAAAGCCACGUGGAGUUGUAGUUAAUAUGAUACCUGGCCUUCCAGCUCACAUCCUAUUCAUGUGUGUGAGGUAUGCAGAUUAUCUGAAUGAUGCUGAUAUGCUGAAAUCGUUCAUGAAUGUAACCAUUGAUGGUAUCAAACAAGUUAUUAAGGAAUAUUCAGAAGAUUUUGAGAUGUUGUCCUUUUGGCUUUCCAAUACGUUUUAUUUUCUUAACUGUUUGAAGCAGUACAGUGGGGAAGAGGAAUUUAUGAAGUAUAACACCCCACGUCAGAAUAAGAACUGUUUAAAGCAUUUUGAUCUCUCAGAAUACAGACAAAUUCUUAGUGACUUGGCCAUUCGUAUCUAUCACCAAUUUGUCGUUGUAAUGGAGAACAACAUUCAGCCAAUGAUUGUUCCAGGCAUGCUGGAAUAUGAAAGUCUCCAGGGAAUUUCUGGCUUGAAACCUACAGGGUUCCGUAAACGUUCUUCUAGUAUAGACGACACAGAUACCUACACGAUGACCUCUAUUCUGCAACAACUCAGCUAUUUUUAUAGUACAAUGUGCCAGAAUGGCUUGGACUCUGAGCUUCUAAAGCAGGCAGUGAAGCAGCUUUUCUUUCUGAUUGGAGCUGUCACCCUCAAUAGUCUGUUCCUCCGCAAGGACAUGUGCUCUUGUAGAAAAGGAAUGCAGAUAAGAUGCAAUAUCAGCUACUUGGAAGAAUGGCUUAAAGACAAGAAUCUCCAAAGCAGCAAUGCCAAAGAAACUUUGGAGCCUCUGUCUCAGGCAGCCUGGCUCCUUCAGGUCAAAAAGAUCACUGAUGAUGAUGCCAAGGAAAUAUAUGAACACUGCACAUCUCUUUCCACUGUGCAGAUAGUUAAGAUCCUCAACUCAUACACACCAAUAGAUGAUUUUGAGAAAAGAGUGACUCCAUCAUUUGUUCGUAAAGUCCAGGCUAUGCUAAAUAAUCGUGAGGAUGUUCCACAGUUGAUGCUUGAUACCAAAUAUCUCUUUCAAGUGACAUUUCCUUUCACCCCCUCUCCACAUGCCUUGGAAAUGAUACAAGUCCCCAGCAGCUUCAAACUUGGCUUUCUCACAAGAGUGUAAUAAAAAGGAUACAUCACUCAGAGGCUAAAGACAGACAGACUUUCAUGCUUCAUUUCUUCAGCUGGUGGAUGGUAUGGUAGCUUGCAGUGAACUGUAUCUUUGAAAACUUGUUGUUGAGUCCAGGCUUAAAAAGUAGGAAUAAUUUCAGCUCGUGAUUUCCUUUUCUCUUCUCCUGUUGUUCUCCAGUUUUCAUUACAGUCCUAAAAGAGAUGGCAUUAUAUCAUCAGCUGGAUAUAAAAGUGACGUUAUUGUUUUGUAGCCCAAACCUGACAAGAAAAGCAUUUAUCUGACAAGCUUGCAUUGUUGUGCUGUCAGUAACCCUAAAGCACCAGUCACAGGAGAAAGUGUUAUGGCUGCUGUGGGAUAACUGCUGUUAUCUUGUAAUUUUUCUUAGCGUCACUUUCUUGUCCCAGGAGAUUUUUUUUUUUCAUGCUAAUUCCAUUCAUUACCUUGAUAUAAUGGAUAUGUUUUACAGUAGUUUUCACCCUUCUGUAUUUUUAUACCUUUAUUCUUUUUGUGAAAUACGUGUCAUAUAACAGUUCCUCCAGAAGACUGUAGUAGGAAGAAAUGGAAGGUCUUCUCACAGUAGUUUAGAAAAAAAUCAGUACAAAAAAUGAGUACAGUCAGCUUUCCCAUUGCAGCUGGGAAUAGUGCUAAGAUCAGCCUAAGAGAACUGCUGUUACAAACUCGCAUCUUUUUGUAGACAUCUUGGGUUGCUCACCCAGGCAGAAUGCUUGCAUUAUAGUCCAGGCACACCAGAGAGCUCUUUAGCCAGGGAAGCAGCUCAGAUGUUUAUCUUGAAGACGGAUUUCAGUUUUGCUCUGCAAAAUUCUGUGGUAACAUGUCUGGAUUUUCCUAUCAGUAGUAGAAAAGUCAGAUGUAAAAUCCAUGUUGUUAUCCACAUUUGAAUUAGAGGCUUGUAUCUUUAAAAAACAGAGGUCCAUCUCCUGUUUUGGGUCCAUCUCUAAUACAGUGUAUUUCAGAACAUACACUGAGUAUGCACAAGUAUACAUGUCUUUUUUUCUCCCUUCCUUUUUUGCUUUUUUCCCUCCCCCAGUCCAGACACUGAGUAGGAAUGAAUGCAGGUACUGUGGUCUAGUCUUACUGAUAAACUAAGCUUAAUUUCUUAGGUUUUGUUUUUAUUUAUUAAAUUUAGAUUGCAGGAUCUGCAUAAGCAAAAGUAGUCCCCUUUUUGCUUUAUAGGCUUCUUCCUAGAAUCCAGAAUGCAAUGAAUAAUAACUUUAUUUAAUACUGGACCCUGCGUUCACCCCACUACUACAAUGAUGACUGUCUUUAGAAAUUCCUGAAUAAAUUAUGCUAUUUUUCUAUCUAAUGUAUUAGAUGUGGUUUAUUAUAAUAAAGUACUAAAGCUCUGCUAUAUUUAAAGGAUUCUAUUUUAAUUUAGUUAAUUUAAAUAUUACAGAAAGGAACAAUUUUUUUUUUAAUUAUACAGUGUUUGUACUGCUUGUUUAAUUCCACAGAACAAUCUGUAGAUAUAAAGGUGGAAUCAUAUUUGCUAUUUACUGUCCUUGGUAUUUACUAUGAAUGGUGACAUAUUCAUAGUGAUGUCCAUAGAGAUAUAGGAAAAAUAUGUUUAAUAGCAACAAAAAGUAUAAAAAUAUCACAGACAUAGGUAGACUAGUAUUUUUCACCUGCUAAAUAAAGUAGCUUUUAAAUCAGUUUGACGUACUUUAAGUGAUGUAGUAGUUAUUUUAUGUUUUCAAUACUAAACCAUGUGAAGGAAACUACUUGGAUUAUGUGAACUUUAGUGAAUGUUGUCAGUCAUGUAUUACAUUGUAACGUCUGAUUUACCUAAUGGUCUGGUGGUUUUACUGUGGCAUCAUGCAUCUUCCUGUCUGAAUGUUAUGCUGUCCCUGAUUCCUCAUGAAUUUCUGUAAAUAUUUUUAUGCAAACAAGUUUUGUUGCUAUAAAUUGUAUAUAACUUUUUUACAGUUACCAGAGCUAUGUGUCUGUUACAUGGUACGGUAUGGCUAAAAUCGCAGUCCGCUCUUAUAUCCACAUCACAUAAAAGCGUCUGACGGCAUGUAUGUCUUUGUGAGAAAAAUCAGUGAUAGCUGAUCAGAGAAAAAUGUUAUGACAAUUUGGUGCUAAGUUACUUGGAGAGGCUUGUGUGAAAUAUGCUAUUAACACUGUGUAUACAAAGAACAAAACAUUGAUUUAUUUUCAAAAGAAAGUUCAAACUGACCAGUGUUUACUGUAUGUUGUCCAAAACUUGUCUUGCCUUUGCCGAUGUUAAUGCCUUCAACCAGUAUAUAAGGUAAAAAACUCCAUCUGUUAUCUGUAAUUCUAAGUGUAAGAGGGCAGUAGGAGUGAAGGCUGAUACACGAAAGAGGCAUUAUGGAGGACAGCUUUCCUAAAAAGGUAGUAAAGGAGAAAGCUAGUCCAUUCAAACAAGAAAAUUUUGAAUGAUAAUUCUUACUGCAGUGGGAAAGCACUGAAAUAGCUUAUGGACGGAGGUGUGAGAUGCUAUUGCCAUCAUUGGACUUGUGUCCAUAUGUUACUCCUGCAGCUUCUGGCAGUGGGACUUAGAGAUGGACCCAAAGGUGGUGCCUUUCAGUUCUGUGUUCCCAUAAUACUCUGAUUAAAAAAAAAAAAAAGACUAGGAUGAGUUCCUUCUACCCAAAUCUAUACUGAGCUGAAAUCUUUCUUUUUCCCCCACUUUUUUUUCCCUCAUUUUGCCUCAGAUCCUCUUGAUUAUUGAAUGCAAGUAUCUAGUGGCAUGAUUUCAUUGACUUCAGUGGGGUCACAGUAACAGAUGUGACCUUCACAUCUCUUCAGACAUGUUUUGAUAGUUUUCCCCUGAAUUUUUAAGAGUGCAAAAAGGCAGAACUUUUUUUAUUUUCUUCUUUUAAGACAAUAACUUGAAAAUCAGGUGAACAGUAGAACAGAACAUGCCUGAAAGCAGCAUGGAUACUAAUCAAUGUGUUUGACUUUUAAUUUUCUUUAAAAAUAUGAGAUAGAUUUAAUAUUGACAGUAUCAUUUGUCACAAUAUCAAUUUGAUAGUUGGAAAAAUCAGUGCAGUCAGUCAUCUCCCCAGUAUGUUUAAACUUCAACAUUUGAAACAAAACAAAAAUUGCCACUAUGUGGAACAGGCAAAAUCUGCUUUGCCUAACAGUUUGAAUAUGUUCUUUAUUCCUUAUUCUGAAAGAGGGCCGUUAAAAUGAAGCAUUUAAACUAUAACCAUCGUAACUGACCUGAGGCGAUACAACUGGAGAGGCUGAGCUUUAAAUACCCUUUAAGCAGAUUUAACAGGAAGGUCGCCUUUCUACAUUAGCAGCUGCACACAGCUUAUUUAUUCAUCUUGAGACACAUCAAGUUCUUGCUCCUCAGAAAGGUAGGUAAAUUUGGAUAUUUAUCAGCAAGAUUCAUUUUCAGAAUUUCUCUGCAAGUAGCACAUUUGAUAAUAUGUUUCAUCAUGCUACUAUUUUUAGAUUGCUACUGUGACUUUUUAAAAAUCUAGUAAGUUUAAAAAUCUCAGGCGAUGACACAAGAAAUUAUAAUCGUUUUACACCUUUCUUGGUUUAAACUGUUUAUGAUAAUGAUGGAUUUCUAUUGUAUUUUAUAAAGAUAUGUACUAUCUCA